AUGAAGAAUUUUUCUGUACAAUAUCUACUUUCACAUAUUGAUAAUAAAAAAGAUGUUGUAUCAACAUCAGCAACACCAACAACAACGACAACAAUAUCGAAUACAUUAAAUGUUAAUUCAUCCGAUGAUGUUGAAGAUGAUAAUCAUUCAUCUGUUUCAUCAUCUUUUUAUGAUUCAUCAAAUGAUGAAGAUGAUGAACAGGCAACAUCAAAUAGAAAUCCUCUUGAUAGUGGUACAACAUCAGAAGAUAGUCAAACAUCAAAAUAUCUUCAACAAGAACAUAAUAAUCAUCAUCAUGAAACAUCAAAAAGACGUAAACGACGAGUUCUUUUUACUAAACAACAAACAUUUGAACUUGAAAGACGUUUUCGACAACAACGUUAUUUAUCAGCACCAGAACGAGAACAUUUAGCUAGUGCAAUUAAUUUAUCAGCUACACAAGUUAAAAUCUGGUUUCAAAAUCAUCGUUAUAAAAUGAAACGUUCACGACUUGACAAAAAUUUAAUUGAUACAACAAUAUCUUCACCUCGACGUGUGGCAGUCCCAGUGCUUAUUCGAAAUGGUCGACCAUGUCAUCAACAGCGUUUUUCUCUCCCAUCAACAUCAGCAGCCGUUUCAAAUCAACAUAUUCAUGGUCAGUCAACAACAAACAGUAACAGCUCAUUAGUCGUAACAUCAUCAUCAUCAUCAUGCAAGAAUGAUAUUCCUAAUAUACUAUUUAAUGACAGACAACAUAUGAAAUGUGACAAUAUUGAUUUAUUCCAACAGUUUAUUCUUUCACAAUGGGCACUUUCAAAAAAAAUAUUUUUUCCAACAACAAGUUAA